AUGUUAAACAAAUUGCAAUCAACUCUCUUAAAAGGUGUUGUACUUCUCGCUCUCAUUAUAAGAUCAGAAUUCACAAUCCUCCUGGAUUGCGAUCCUUUAGGAACGCUUUGGAAAACGAGUUCGAUUAGUCAUUGCAUCUGUCGGCCAUACUUUUAUGGUACAUUUUGUCACCGCAUCCGUCGCUGUGUUAGUGGAAAGCCAGUUCCUGUAAAUUGCACAAAUUCAAAGAAGCGAUACUCCCAGCAUGCAAGUCAACGAUGUACGUCUGCUAAAUCUCUUAUUGAUAUGUGCGAAUGCUUUGAAGGGUAUACUGGUCCGCUAUGCGAACAUUUUUCAGUGAGCAGUUCCUUCGGUCACGUAAGCCCUCCAAAGCAAACUCAGCAAAUUCAUAUAUCGGAUUAUUAUAUAAGUGCAGAAGAAAACAUGUUUUUGGAGCAAGACGAUUUGCAGUUCCAUCGAAGCACACAAUGGAUUAUUUUCUUCAUCGCAACUCCAUCUCAUGCUUGUCGUCAUGGGCGUGGCGUCGAUCAGUUUAGCAAUGAUCUGUUACUAUCGUCAAACACAUUCGAGAGAAGAACGGCUCAAUAUACGCAGAAAGUCCUUGCUUUCAACUUCGUGAGCCAUAGCUAUGGACUUAUGAAAGGGUGGAUGUCCAUAAAUGCAUUCGAACAGAGACGAGCUCAAGAGCCAUUGAUGUGA